GUUCGGUUCGGCGCCAGGACUGUGACGAGACGUGACUGAUGUGUCUGAUCACCAUAGAGUAUAGAGAAAUAAUGCUGAUCACUGAGACCAAUUAUAUUUUCUCAUUUUCGGUAUUUUCCACUAUUUUCUAUAUUAAUGUAGAAUUGUAGAGUGUGGUUAAAGUUGUUAUUUAUACUGUGGUUAAAGUUUAUUUGUUAACCAUGGAAUUUAAAAUUGAAAUUAAGGAAGAGUCUUUUGAAUAUGACCAAAGACAAAUAGAGAGUCAGCUAUCAACAUCAAUAGAUCUUGGGCACUUGAAGAAUGAACCAGAAAAUAACUCAGCUGUGGUAGUAAAAACUGGCGUUAAGGAAGAGUUUGUAGAAGGUGACCUAAGCUAUAUAGAGAGUCAGUUAAAUACAUCAGGUGAUCUGGAAUACUUGAAGAAUGAAUCAGAUGAAUAUUCAGGUUUUACUUGUGAGGAGAACAAAGUGAAAAUAAUGCAAAUAUUGUGUGAACAUUCAUACCAUAAAGGACACUAUACGAGUCAACACACUGAAGGAAAAACUGUAAAAAAAUAUAUAAAGUUUCAGACUAAACAGGGACAUCAUAAUUGUGAAAUUUGUUUCAAGAAGUUUUCUCAAACCUGUAAAUGGAAAAGACACUUGAUGGUACACACUGAACAAAAAGCUUACAAGUGUGAAAUUUGUUUUAAGCAAUUUACUGUAGCAGGUAAUUUGAAAACACAUUUGUUAGUACACAGUAAAGAAAAACCAUACAAGUGUGAAAUUUGUUUUAAGCAGUUUUAUCAACUAAGUAAUUUUAAAACACAUUUGGCAGUGCACCCUGAACCGUACAAGUGUGAAAUUUGUUUUAAGCAAUUUAUCCAUGCAAGUACUUUGAAAACACAUUUGGUUGUGCACACUAAAGAAAAACUAUACAAGUGUAAAAUUUGUUUUAAGCAGUUUACCCAAGCAAGUAAUUUAAAAGCACAUUUAGUAGUGCACACUGAAGAAAAACCGUACAAGUGUGAAAUUUGUUUUAAGCAAUUUAAACAUUCAAGCUCUUUGAAAACACAUUUGGUUGUGCACACUAAAGAAAAACCAUACAAAUGUGAAAUUUGUUUUAAGCAGUUUACCCAAGCAGGUAAUUUAAAAGCACAUAUGGUAGUGCACACUGGAGAAAGGCCAUACAAGUGUGAAAUUUGUUUUAAGCAAUUUAACCAUGCAAGUAUUUUGAAAACACAUUUGGUAGUGCACACUAAAGAAAAACCGUACAAGUGUGAAAUUUGUUUUAAGCAGUUUACCCAAGCAAGUAAUUUAAAAACACAUAUGGUAAGGCACACUAGAGAAAAACCAUACAAGUGCGAAAUUUGUUUUAAGCAAUUUACCCAAGCAGGUAAUUUGAAAGCACAUUUGGUGUUGCACACUGAAGAAAAACCGCACAAGUGUGAAAUUUGUUUUAAGAAGUUCAGCAAAACAAGUAAUUUAAAAAGACAUUUGAAAGUGCACACUGAAGAAAAACCGUAAAAUUUGAUUUAAGCUGUUUAGUCUAGCAAGUAAUUUGAAUACGCAUUUGGUAGUGGACAUUGAAGAAAACCGUACAAGUGUAAAAUUUGUUUUAAGCAAUUUAACCAAGCAAGUAAUUUGAAAACACGUUUAAGAGUGCAAGCUGAAGAAAAACCGUAAAUUUUGUUUUAAGCAGUUUAGCGUAGCAAGUAAUUUGAAAACACCUUUGGUAGUGGACAUUGAAGAAAAUCGGACAAGUGUGAAAUUUGUUUUAAGCAGUUUAACCAAUUGACAAAUGGUCAAAUUGUAUUGCGGCUGGAUUUAUAUCAUGGUGAGUUGAAUCCCAUUGUGAAAAUUUGGACCCAGCUGAAAAAUGAAGUGUUAUUUGAAAUCACAACAUUUAAACUGCAACAAAUAAAAACAACUUCUGUUACAAGCUUUCAAGAAUGCAAGUACAACACAUUGGCAAAAUUGUGUUAAUUAGGUACACCCUAAUGUAGAAGAAGAAAUGUGUAAAUUAGAUGGCAUCAUGGAUAGUGUAAUAGAACAAGUUCUUCAGAAGAUGAAUACAUUGUAAUUUUAAUAUGAUUAUAAUUUAUUUGAAUUUAUAUUUUAUAAAAAUUAAAAAUAUAAUUAAAUGUAUAUGUCUUGAUUAACGGAUUAAAUUCUGCAUAUAUUUGUACAUACAGUGCGUUAAGUUUUGGAUUAGGUAUACACUCUAUAAAUGGCAACACUGCGCGUCGUCGACUUGCACUACAUAUCUGCUUCGUUGACUCGUCGUUGCUCGUCGCCCGUCGGCAAAUUUGUCAUAUUGUCAUUAUACCGUGGUUGUUUAAAGGUAUAACAGCGUAGAGUUUUAAUUUAUUUUUGUAAACAUGUCUGUUUAUAUGGCCGCGGAAAAAGCUCAAAUAAUAAAAUGGUUUUAUAGUGGCAAUUCUGCGCAACAGUGUGUAGAUUUAUUUUCUGUGUUUUUGGAGGGAAGACCAAUUCCUUGUGUACAGUCAAUUUAUAAUAUUGUUAAAAAUUUUGAGAGUUGUUAUUGCCUCAAAAAUUGCAGAAAAUGUCACGCUCAAGAAGUGUUACCAGAAAAAGUUGAGGAAAGAGAAUACCGGGAUACACAAAUUUGUGCAACAAUCGAGGUAGAUUCAACACGUUUAAGUAGAAGCGUUGCUAGAGAGUUAGAUGUUAGCAAUGUUACUGUAACGAAAGUAUGGAAAAAGCACGGUUACAAGAAUUUUAAAUAUUCGAAAACGCAGCAGCUUUAUCCAGACGAUUACUUUCGAAGAAUGGAGUUUUGUGAAACUCUAAUAACGAAGGCUAAUAGUGAACCAAAUUUUAUUAAAAACAUUUUAUUCACUCAUGAAUCUUCUGUUUCGUUAGUAGGGAGACACAAUCCUUCCAUUACGAGGUAUUGGGCGCGGGAAAACCAGCACAGAAGUGUUGUUUACCGAACUCAACUUCCUCAAAAAGUUAACGUCUGGACUGGCAUUUUAGGAGACCACAUAAUAGGUCCAUUUUUUAUUGAGGGCAACUUGAAUAGUAGAGUAUACCUCGAUUUGUUACAGAAUCAUGUUCUUCCCGCUAUUCUUAAUCUUCCUGAUGUAAAUCUGGAGAAUGUUUGGUUUCAUCAAGACGGCUGUUCAGUUCACAACGCUCGAAUUAUUAGGGAGUAUUUAAACAAUACUUUCCCGAAUCGAGUUAUCAGUGGAACAGGCGAUAUUAAGUGGCCUGCGCGAUCUCCAGAUCUUACACCCAUGGACUUCUUUUUUUGGGGACAUUUAAAAAGCAUUAUCUACGCUCAUCCUGAGGCUAGAGCCCAAAAUUUGGAUGAAUUAAAAAAUCGAAUAAGAGAAGUCUCCAAUUCUGUUACAGCAGAAACUCUUUCAUCUGUUCGCAGAAGUUUUUAUGACAGAUUGGGGUACUGUUCAGCCGUAGAAGGUCAACUAUUUGAACCAUUUCUGUAGGUCAUAAAGAAUUAUUUUUUAUUUUAUUAGGAAUAAUAUUUUAAUUUUCAAUAAGAGUAUAUUUUUUAUUUUAUCUUUUUAAAGAAAUACGCUUUUAUUUUUAAUUCAACCACAAAAAAAUUUUCACAUUAAUAAAAAUCGAUAACAAUGCACCGAUUAGGUCAGUGCAUUUUUAUCGAAUUUCCUACUAUUAAAAUCGGCUAUACGUAAUGAAACAUGAGAUCGGACGACAGAGAAGUACAUCCCAAACGUUGUUGUGAGUUACUAAACUAAAGUAAAUGAUCUGUCGGUGUAGAUACUGAGAUAGUCUCGGGUCGGAGAAAGAACAUUUGCAACGUUGCCGAUUUUAGCGCUCCGUAUAGUGUGCAAUACCUAAUUAAAAACUUAAAGCACUGUAUAUCAAACAGUUAAAACAAAGAUAUGAAAUUUUCACAAAGACAAUAAAGUGAGACAAAAUGGAAGAUAACUAACUAAGAUUGCAGUAACUAACUUUGUAAAAGUAUUUUGCAUUAAUCUUUUUUUAAUCAGCCUUUCUUGCAAAGAUACACUUAUGGCAAUAUAAAAAAAUUUAAUUGUUUAUCUGUAAAGUUCUCCGAUAGUGAUUACGGUCGAAGGCCGAGAUGGUCAACCAAAAAAAAGAACAUGAAUCUGGUGAAUUUUCUAUACUAAAUUCACUUGACAGAAAAGUAGCGGUCAACAAAUACAUGCACAGAAUACGUGAAACCUGAUGUCUAUAUAAUCGUACAGGGUUGUAUUAAGAUUCUAGCAGUCUAUAACAUCUGAAUUUAAAAUGAAUUAAUUUAUCAUUUUUAGGAUUACUGAUAAAAUAAUAGUAAUCAAUGAUUAAUCUUCCAAAGAAGUAUACUUAAAUAUUAGUUUUUGAAAACUGUCAUUCACACAUCAUUAGUUAAUUGUGGUGUUAAUCAAAAGGCAAAAAAUAGAAAGUUGUUUUUAUACAUUUUACGCUUUUAUUUAUUAACAUAACUUCAAAUAUUUGCUGUCUUUUUCACCAAACAAACUUACAUUAAAUUAUGAAAAAACUAAAUGCUCAUCUACUUUUUGCUAUAUACAAAAGUUGUCUGUCAAUGUUUAAUUCGUUAAAUAUAAAUAACAAAGAUCAAAUAUAUGGAUCGAAGUACACAACAUAUUUAGGGAAUAAAUAUUUAAAUGGGAAUUACAAAUAAAAAAUAUUAAAACUUUAUUUAUUGUAUAUCUCAAUAUUUAGUGACAAAAUAAAUUGUAUCGAAAUAUUAGUUUAAACUGAAAGUCUGGAUUUACUAUGUAUAUCCGAAUCAUGUGUAAUGACAAUAAUAUAAAUUCGCUUUAUCUUCCUAAUGCUCUCUUGUAAUGAUUCGUAAUACUUUUUUGAUUAUUUUUUAGGUUAUUACAUUUUUAUAUUUAUAGAAAUAUACUCGUACAAUAGUU